UAUGUUUCAUCUAGCACAAAAUAUCUUGAGAACUUUCAACUAGUUCAAUUUCAUCACUUUCACUGGUAAACUGAUUGAGAUUAACUGAUAUUGGACCUGAUAGGUUUACUCUUUCGUUUUUUUUCUUCUUUUUGUUGUUGUUAAGAGGCUGGUAAUCGAUGCCGCACUUAACCCCGGUUGGACACUAAUCCACAAACAUGAGUGGUUCGUUUUAGCUUGAUGGCUGCAACUGCUGCAUUGUCAUAUCUAGGAACAACAUCUCCUCUCUACAUUAAGACUACAAGCUAUGUAUCUCCGCUGCGUAUGUCUCCUUGCCUUGAGUUGGUGAGGACCUCGCCAAACGCCAUGGCAGCAAACUCAAGUGCUGUUUUUAACCAGAUGGAGGACAGUCUUCAUGUUUGCUGGAGGUUCUUAACAUGGUUUACUUUGAUCACUGCUCAUGUACUCACAUCUAUCAUCUAUCACUCCUUUUGUGCUCGGCGGCACGAAGAGCUUCUUCUCCGCAGACUAAUUGCUCCUCAGGUGAACCAGUUGUUUCAGGUUGCACUGAAAUGCCAGAGCACAAUCUUGGAGAGUGGGUCAGAUGGAGUUUCUAAGCAGGAUUUACAGUCAAAAAUAGUAACAUGGUCUUGGGAGCAGGACGGAAGAUAUCUGAAGUUGUCAAGAGCAUGAAGGAUCUCAUGAACUUCACUGGCGACCACAAGAUAGGCCCUAUUGAGGGGUUGAAACGGCUUUUUGAACAGACAGCGACAGUAAAGCUCGAGAGACAGAAAAUGCAAGAGAUGAAGCUAUUAUGAAUGGGUCAUCUCAAUCUCAGAUGGCGUUAACUGCAGGAACGAUGAAGGCCUAGCUGGCAACAACAACAAUCACCAUCAAGUUGUUGGUCGUGGAGCUAUGAAUGGCUCAGCUCAAGCCGCAGCAGCUCUGACCAACUACCAAAGCAUGCUUAUGAGGCAAAAUGCUAUCAAUAACCCAAACUCUCUAGUCAGAGCCAGAGUCCAUCUUCUUCGUCUCAUCAGAGGCAGAACUUACCAACAAGUGGAUUUCCCAGCUCUCCCCAGAUGCAACAGCAGCAGCAGCGCACCAUGAAGGGCGCUCUCAACACGCUUCAGCAGAAUCCUGCUCAUCAUUUUGCUGCAACCACCACAUCCACAUGGUAACAAUCAGGAGCAGCAGAUGCUUCAACAGCUGUUUGUUGCAGGAGAUAUCUGAAAACGGAGGAAAGUUGCAACAGCAACAAUCCUUUACAGGUCAAAGUGGUGGCAACAAUAAUGCAGAGAGAAAACCCAACUGGCUCCACUUCCAACAUCUCAGGAGGAGGCCGAGUUCCAAGCCGCAACAACAGUUUCAAAUCAGCUUCAAACAGCAACCUUCAUUUAUCAGAAGAUAUACCUAUCACAGAACUACCUCAUGAUUUCUCAGAGGACUUCUUCAACAACAGCAUUGUUACUUUUGACAUAACACAAUGAAGAAGGUUUUAUGCUUAAUCUGCCGCAUUUAGGUUGUUUGGGUCUUUUGUAUAGAAACCAAAGAGAUAUGGAAGCAAUGAAGGAAACUGUUAUCUGUUGUAAGUUGUAACCUAUAUAGUGAUAGUAUGAUGAGGUCUUAGGUUAUAAUCUCUGCAGACAUUUUCAAGUAAUGCUAUUCUUUUCUAUGCUCAUACACAUUC